GUCUUAGUGCUUUUGGAUUUGAUGUUGCAUUGAGUCACCUUUUGAGUUGGUAGCAAGGCCAAUAAUUUGGAGAUUUUAUUAGCUGCACUGCUCUUAAGUCAGUUUUUGUGGCUAUGAUUUUCUAGCUAGUCCUCCACUUUGUAAACGUUCUUUAAGCCUCAGUAUGAGAUUUAAGCAAUAGUAAUUACAUUCCUAAAGGGGAAGCUAAGGCUCAAAGAUAUUAAGUCAGAGAUCUAAAAAUGAACCAUGCAUCAGUCACCCAGACUAAAAUAGAAGCUGUGUUUGGAACGAGGAUCCUACGAUGUGACACAUACAACCUUUAUUCCUCAUCAAAUAUUAGUAUUUGGGAUAAUAAAGUAUAAAAAAUGAUAAAAUAUAAAAAAUUUCGAGAAAAAUAGUUUAGGAAUCUGUGACCAUGCAUUAGUCAACACUUUUGGUUUUAUCUAUACAAUGAUGAGAUUUGAUUGAUCUCUAAGGCCUCUCUACUCCAUGGGCUGUUACUUUUUUUUUUUUUUUGCCACUUAAAGUCGUUCACUUAUGAAUGCUCCAUGAAGUAAAUUUGGAGUUCAAUAACAUCAAUAUAUAAAGUGCUUCAGUAGUACCUUACCUAAAAUACUGAUGGAAUUAUGUGUUCUUGUUCAUUAAAAUUUCAGGAUAACUGAAACACCAUUUUUAGUUUUUAAUCUUGAUUGAAAAAAAAUUUAAUUAGUCCAUGACUUUUUGAGCUCACUGUUUUUCUUAGCUAGGGUUCUGGGAGCACAUUUUUUACAAGUACUAAUAGGUUUUAGGUAUUACUGGGAAAUUGCUGGCUUUUAAUAUUUUAGAGUGCAGUUUAAGUUAUUUAGUAAAUGGCUGAUGCUUUUUUUCAGAUCUUUUAUAGGUGUUCAUAUCCUUUUUUUCUGAAUUUGAUUUCUCCUAACUCUAAUUAUAUUUCUCUUUAUUCUGUGGCUGGAUAUUAGAGGAAAUUUUUAAAAUGUUAACAGGAAGUAAACACUGUGUUGCCACAUAUAGGCAGGCAUGAAGUUUAUUGCCUUGACUUUACUAAAAGUCUGGAAAGAUGUCACGUGAGGACUUUUACCCUCAGUUUUAUUUCUGUUAGUGUCCUUAUUAUUAACUGCCUCAAAUUCUUUUGAAAAUAGUGAGAUUUAAACCCCAAAUAAAAUAUUUUAAGUGCUCCAACUUAACAUAAGUCACUGGCUUCUAAAGUUGGCCCUGGGCAUUUGAAGAAUAGGAUUGGUGCUGACCCUAAGGAGUUUUCAGUUAAUUGGGGAAGUCAAAGAUGUAAGCAAAUAAAUGAGAUAAAAUAUUAUAGGUGUUCUGAUAGAAGAAUGGCACAACCAGCAAGGGCACAAAGGAAAGACAGGUUGAUUCUUAGAGGAGGUGAGGUUUGAGCUGAGUCCUGAGAGAGGAUUAGGGAGGGAUGUAGAGAAGGAGUGUAGUAGCACAAGGGAAGGUGCAGUGAACUCUGAAGCAAGAGGCCACUUCCAGCUCUGCAGCUAGGGAAAUGUCUUUACCCUCUGAGCUUCCAUUUCCUCAUUUGUGGAAAGGAUGGGGGCUAAAGGAGAGCACGUCUAAAAUCCUUUGCAGAUCAAAAAAAUCCUAUAUCACUAUUAGACUCAUUUUAUGAAAAGAGAUAAUGAUAAAAGAGAAAGCUUUUAUAGUCAUUGUAUUUUGUCUUCCUAGAGCCUUCUUUUCGUGCAAUUAAAAGGCCACAGAUUCUCGGUUGUGCUCUGGAGAGAUCUUAAAAUAGCAGGCUUUUCAGUGUUGCUUGAAGUUGUGCUGUCAUUAGAAUAUUACCUUAAAUGUAAACCUCAAUUUUAAAAUUACUUAUUACGUAAGUGACCUCAAUCUGAGGAAACUCAGGGGAAGAGACCUCAGAAGUCCUGGCCUGUAGCCUCUGACUGCUGCAGGAUUCCUCUUUACAACAUCUAAGCUUGCUAAGAUUUGGUCUUGAAGAUUCACAGCCAGCAUCUAAUGGUUAAAGGAUACAUUUUAAGGUGGAGCCUCACAUACCAUAUUGAGGGAGAAUAUAAAAAUUACAGCUUUGUAUUAAAGCCUCAUGCAAUUAGAAUGGGUCACAGUAAUGUUCCCUUCUCUCAGAAUCUCUAUGGCCACAGGCCAACUAGCUUAAUUUUAUCUUUCUAUAUGUUUAUAUAUAGUCUCCUUGCACAAGGGAUUUGAGGCGUUGCCCCAGAAUAUGAACAAUGUAGUAAGAGAGAAAAAUUUUUAAAUCAAUUACGAAAUGAAAAGCAGGCCCAGAGAAAAUGUAGACAGAAUUGAGAAAUCUGAAGAGGAGGUAAGAGCAUAAGCAGAUAAGUAGUGUAUAAAGCACGGUACAGUUCUUAACAUUGGGCCACACGCUGGACUCUGAGCUUCCUGGCAAGCAAAGCAAAAAGAAUAGUUACAAAGUUAUCCCCAGAAGGAAAUAUUUUCUUCCGGACAAGCAAAGCUUUUCUAGACCUUCAGUUGGAAAUAGUAUUUGUGGGUGGUUCUUUCCAUGCCUGUCCAGUCUCCUGCAGGCUGUGAUUCUUGCGGAGCUGAGUUCCCCAGACCAGCCUCUUACUUAACGUCAGUGUUUCCUUUCAGGGACAAUGAAUCAUUCUUCCCAGGACACUGGCUCUCGCGGCAUUUAUGAAGAUAGAAAGCUUUAUGUUGUGGAUUCCAUAAACGACCUAAACAAACUAAACCUCUAUCCUGCCGGCUCGCAGCAUCUGUUCCCUCUAGAGGAGAAAAUCCCAGACGUUGGCACUAACUCAGGAAAUGGAAGCCACAGUCUGUUUUUUGUGGGGCUGAUAAUCGUGCUGAUCAUUAGCCUGGCACUGGUUUCCUUCGUGAUAUUUCUAAUAGUUCAAACUGGAAACAAGAUGGAUGAUGUGUCAAGAAGACUAAUAGCUGAGGGAAAGGACAUAGAUGAUCUUAAGAAAAUCAACAACAUGAUCGUAAAGCGACUCAACCAACUGGCCUCUGAACAGAACUAAAGAGUGAUCUUCCAAGAGCAACUGCUAACACCUGAGUUUCUCACUUGACUGGGAGUGUACAGAGUUAAGAACUGAGCAAGUGCAUUUCUGCAGGCAACAGAUUAUCUAGAUAGCGAACCCAGCCCUGCGCCAACUUUCUGCUACAGGGAUGGGAGCAACUCUGAGGCGGAGGGGUGUGGGGAUAGCAGAAGAAACGGGCUCAUUUUAUG